GCCGCGGCCCCGCCAUGUCCCAGCCCGGCAAGAAGCCCGCCGCCUCCCCGCGGCCCCGGCGCGCCCGCCACACCCAGGAGCAUGUCAAUGAAAAAAACAGUGGAUCGCCUUCCAAGUCAGGAGAAAAGAAAGAAUCAGAUGAGAAAAAUGCAGCAAGCAUUGGGAGUAGCCAACCUUCCAGAAUGUAUGCUGAUCCAACAGCCGCGGCCACCAAGAUGUCAGCCGCCUCUGGUGCAACCGGCAAGUCUUCCAGUAUGAAUCCCACAGAAACCAAGGCCAUUCCAGUCAGCAAACAGAUGGAAGGACCACAUCCUCCUAACAAGAAAAGGCACAAGAAACAGCCUGUAAAAACAGAACCUGAGAAGAAGUCACAAUCAGCUAAGCCAUCUGUGGCUCAUGAGAAGAAAUCCCAAGAAGGAAAGCCAAAAGAACACACAGAGCCAAAGAACCUACCCAAGCAUGCAUCAGAGACAGGAAGCAAGCAUGCUCAUAAUGAAAAAGCAGUUUCCAGAUCAAGUGAACAGCCAUCACCAGAGAAAUCCACAGAACCAAAGAGUAAACCACAAGACGCGACCUCUGCUGGUGGAGAGAGUGUCAUUGCUGGUACAGUCGCAGCGUCGGGAAAACCAGGUGACAAGAAAAAAGAAAAGAAAUCAUUAACUCCAGCUGUACCAGUUGAAUCCAAACCAGAUAAACCAUCUGGAAAGUCAGGUAUAGAUGCUGCUUUGGAUGACCUAAUAGACACUUUAGGAGGACCUGAAGAAACUGAAGAAGAUAAUACACCAUAUACUGGGCCAGAAGUUUCUGAUCCCAUGAGUUCUACCUACAUAGAGGAAUUGGGGAAAAGAGAAGUCACAAUUCCUCCAAAAUAUAGGGAACUUUUGGCUAAAAAAGAAGGAAUCACAGGACCUCCUCCAGACUCUUCUAAACCCAUGGGGCCGGAUGAUGCUAUCGACGCCUUGUCAUCUGAUUUUACUUGUAGUUCACCAACUGCUGCUGGAAAGAACACCGAAAAAGAGAAAUCUACAGGAGAGGUUUUAAAAGCUCAGUCACCAGGGGUAGUCAGAAGUACUGUUCCACCCCAGGAGAAGAAAAGAAAGGUGGAGAAGGAUAAAAUGAGCGAUCAAGCACUUGAGGCUCUGUCAGCUUCCCUGGGCACCCGGAAGCCAGAUCCCGAAGUUGACCUCAACUCUCUUAAGGAAGUUGAUGAGGCAAAAGCUAAAGAAGAAAAACUAGAAAAGUGUGGAGAGGAUGACGAGACAGUUCCAUCUGAGUACAGAUUAAAACCAGCCACGGAUAAAGAUGGAAAACCAUUAUUGCCAGAGCCUGAAGUAAAACCCAAGCCCCUGAGUGAAUCAGAACUCAUCGAUGAACUGUCAGAAGAUUUUGACCAAUCUAAACGCAAAGAAAAAAAGCCUAAGCCACCUAAAAAAACAGAAGAAUCCAAGGCUGCUGCCCCAACUCCUGUGGCAGAGGCUGUGCCUCGGAGCGCCAUGUGUAGCAUACAAUCAGCACCACCCAAGCUGGAUGCCGUGAAGGGCACAGUGCCAGAUGAUGCCGUAGAAGCCUUGGCAGAUAGCCUGGGAAAAAAGGAAGCAGAUCCAGAAGACGGAAAACCUGUGAUGGAUCAAGUCAAGGAAAAGGCCAAAGAAGAAGACCGUGAAAAACUUGGUGAAAAAGAAGAAACAAUUCCUCUGGAUUAUAGAUUAGAAGAGGUUAAGGAUAAAGAUGGAAAACCACUCCUGCCGAAAGAGUCUAAGGAACAGCUUCCACCCAUGAAUGAAGACUUCCUUCUCGAUGCUUUGUCUGAGGACUUCUCUGGUGCCCCAAACACUUCAUCUCUUAAAUUUGAAGAGGCUAAACUUUCUGCUGCCAUCUCUGAAGUAGUUUCGCAAACCCCAGCUUCAACUACCCACGCUGGAGCCCCACCCCCUGACACUCCGCAGAGUAACAAAGAACUUGAUGAUGCCUUGGAUAAACUCUCUGAUAGUUUAGGACAAAGGCAGCCUGACCCAGAUGAGAAUAAACCAAUGGAGGAUAAAGUAAAGGAAAAAGCUAAAGCUGAACACAGAGACAAGCUUGGGGAGAGAGAUGACACUAUCCCACCUGAAUACAGACACCUCCUGGAUGGUGAUGGACAGGACAAACCAGUGAAGCCACCUACAAAGAAGUCAAAGGAAUCCAAGAAACCUGCAGAUGAACAGGACCCCAUUGAUGCCCUCUCAGGAGAUUUGGACAACUGCCCCUCAACUACAGAAACCUCACAGAACACAACAAAGGAUAAGAGCAAAAAGACUGCUUCCAGUUCCAAAGCACCCAAGAAUGGAGGUAAAGCAAAGGAUUCAACCAAGACAACAGAGGAAACACCCAAGCCAAAAGCCAGUGAAAGAAAUACAAGUUAAAGUUUACACUAUGGUAUCUGCAUGUAAAAUCUUCAGCUGGUGGAUGGUGACUUUUGAAGAACAAAAGGCUUUGGCAACAGAAAAUAAUUUUUUCUGAGUAGCUUCUAGACAGUGGUAUUUGUUGAGUCAUUUGUCAUCCUAAACAUUGGUUUGUUGUUCUUUUCCAGAAAGAAAAUGAAUUUGUCUGGUUCACCUGUGUUAUUGUACUGAGUAUUGAUAAACUUUGAAUUUUUUUUAAUUGCCCUCAGUUGAGAAAGAAAGCAAGCUUUAUAUUUGUAAGAAAUAUAUUUGAUACAGUUUCUUAACACCAAAAAAAAAGGAAAAACUGCAAACUUUUGCACAUUCUACACACAGUGCCUGUAAAUCUCACUAGUAUUUUCAGUUUGCAUUUAUUAUUAUUUUUGUUUUGCUAGUGUUUGGAAAACAAUGCUUUAAACGUUCUUCAAUGUUAUUAUUUUUAUUCCUCUCCCCCCACCUUCUGCUUGGGCUUUUGACCUGUAUUUGAUGUUUCUUUGGGUUAACAUUUAUAAGUCAAACCUAAGAUAUUGUAUAUCGGGCACAUAUCUCCUCUUGGGCUGCUAAUAAUAAAUUAAUAAUAGAUCACCUGGGCAAACCAGGAAGCACCGAUCCCCUUUUCAGUUUGAACUCUUCUUUACCAGGUGUGAGAACUUCUGCACCUUACAGUCACAAAAACACACUGAGACUUGAAUCAAGUCAGCAAAAGCAAAAUGCAGGCUAGAUAAAUCAUGAUGUGGCAAGUUUCGAGAAUAAAGUACAACCUAAUUCUCAGAAUAUUCACAUAUUUUCAACUCUGUUGGUUUCCCAUGUUACUAAACUAUGCUUUCUAUUCUCUGUACAUAAAACCUGGACAGCAAUUGUUUACUUAGAGCCAUUGCCACAUUAGUCUCUGCACUGUAUAGCAUCUAGCUUUAUGGAAGUUUACCAAAUAUAAAAAGAAACUUCUGCUUUAAAGAAAUACACAUAUAUAUUAAGUUUGUGAAAUUUAAAAUCAGUUUUUCUCCCACAGCAAUUUAAGAACUCGGUCUGAUGCCUUAUAACUUUGAAUGGUUUCUCAGAUCUUUCUGAGUGAAUAGUUCGUGAACAUUGCACUGAUAUCGUUGACAGAAUUUUUGUAAAUAUUUAAUUUCAUCUUUAUUUCCUGGGAGUGAAUGCAGGAAAAAAAGUCUGGUACCUAACAUAAGACAGACUUGGAAUUUCUUGUUUCCAAAGAGCAUGGCCUUCCUUAGCAUUGGUUUAAAGCUUUUGUUAGGACUUAACAGACUUCCUAUACUGUCUAAUGGUGGGGUGGGGCAAGCAAAAAUAAUAAUGCUUGUAAUGAGCAUCACAUUUAAUACCCCUAAAAAUACUCUCUAAAAGUCAUGCACAUGCCUAUGGGAUUUCAAAAUCUACCUGCUUAAAAUACUGUGUCUCUGCUCAUCAGAGAUGCAGUCAUUAUUCUAUUUUUAUGGCAGUAACAAGAAAAAGGGAUUUUAACUAUGUAUCUAAUUAUCCCAUUUGAGCAGUAUAGGUGCUUGCUUUUUUGUUUUAAAAAAAAAAAAAGACUUUGAAACCUUUGACACUGACAGAUAUGUUUGCAAGGGUAUGGUUGCAGUAUUACCAAUUUCCAUGCACAUAUAGAAAUAUUUUUAAAUGACAUACCUAAAUCCAGAGGUUUAAAAAUGCCUGUAAAAGUAAACAUUUAUUUAAAGAACUCUGAAUAUGCCUUCUUUUUUAAUUAGAAAUAUCUGCAAGACUUGGGUGUUUGCCAGUAGCUAAUGAUGACUGGAGUGAGCUCUGGAAUCUAAAGCAGCCCUUUUUUACUAUCUAAUUAUUAGGAGAAAAGAAUUGCAAAUAUCUGCUUAGAGGUAAAGAACAGACAAUUUUUUAUUACCAAGAAGGUUCCUGCACAUUGUUGUGGCAAUAUUGUAUCUGUUUAGAAAGUGAUCUUUUUCAAAAGCAAAUGAAGAUGUGUGCCUUAGGUGACCAAAACUGAAAAACCAAUAUUUCCAUGUUUCAUUAAUCAAGAUAUAAAAUACAAUUAAAGCAAAACAUUUUCCAUUAA